AUGUCCUGCCAUUUGUUCUGGACUUUCCAGAAGCGCUUAUUGCGGGACUUGGUGAAGCAGAUUAUGGAGGAAGCAGUCACCAGGAAAUUUGUUCACGAAGACAGCAGCCAUAUUGUUUCCCUUUGUGCUGCGGUGGAGGUGUGUGUUUUACACGGGCUCAAACGUCGAGCGGCAGGCUUUCUUCGGAGCAACAAAAUAGCCGCCCUGUUCAUGAAGGUGGGCAAGAGCUUCGCCCCGGCUGAGGAGCUGUGCAAGAAAGCCCAGGAGCUGGAACAGAUUAUCGAGACUAAACGGAGCCAAAGCUUGCAAAGCCAGGACAGCAUGCGCAAAAUGCCUCGGCUUCCCAGCCUCACUCCCAAGGCCGUUAAGAACUUGUGGAUCCGGACGGCUCUUUUCGAGAAGGUGCUGGACAAGAUUGUCCUCUUCCUGGUAGAAAACAGCAGUAAAUAUUACGAGAAAGAGGCUGUUCUAAUGGACCCUGUGGAUGGACCUAUCCUUGCUUCUUUGCUGGUGGGUCCUUGUGCUUUGGAGUAUACGAAAAUGAAAACAGCCGACCACUUUUGGACCGAUCCCUCAGCUGACGAGUUGGUUCAAAGGCAUCGCAUACACAGUGGUCACUGCAGGCAGGACUCGCCCACCAAGAGGCCUGCAUUGUGUAUCCAGAAGCGUCACUCCAGUAGCAGCAUGGACGAGCGCCCGUCUCCCUCGCCAUCAGCGCGCGACUACGUUGAGUCACUGCAUCAAAACAACAGGGCAACUCUGCUGUUUGGGAAAAACAAUGUGCUCGUUCAGCCGAGAGACGACAUGGAAGCUAUUCCAGGUUACCUCUCCCUACACCAGACGGCUGACCUCAUGACACUGAAGUGGACACCCAAUCAACUCAUGAAUGGCUCCGUUGGCGACUUGGACUACGAACGAAGUGUUUAUUGGGACUAUGCUAUGACAAUCCCUCUUGAAGAGAUCGUGUACUUGCAUUGCCAUCAACAAGUUGACAGUGGAGGCACAGUAGUGCUAGUCAGUCAGGAUGGCAUCCAACGGCCCCCUCUUCGCUUCCCCAAAGGAGGCCACCUGCUCCAGUUCCUGUCCUGUCUGGAAAACGGUUUGCUUCCACAUGGCCAGCUGGAUCCUCCUCUCUGGUCCCAGAGGGGAAAGGGUAAAGUGUUUCCAAAGCUGAAGAAGAGGCUCCCUCAAGGAUCUGGAUCUGCAGACUCGGUCUCAGAUAAGGAGGAGGAAGAAGCCACAGACUACGUCUUCCGCAUCCUCUUUCCGAACAGCCAGUCAGAGUUCGUGACUCCACCAGAUUUGAUGGACCAGAGCCCUGCAAUGUGGCAUCCCCCUCUCAGGAAGUCUUCCUGCUCAUCCUGCUCCCAGGGCAGCCUCUCCGAUGGGUCCACGCCCAAAGGGUGCAACCAAGAGAGGACUCCCCUGAAGCUGCUUUGUGACAAUAUGAAAUAUCAGAUCAUCUCCAGGGCAUUUUACGGCUGGCUGGCAUACUGCCGUCACCUGUCGACUGUGCGCACUCACCUUUCGGCUCUUGUCAAUCACACCAUUGUGUCGCCCGACGCGCCGUGCGACGCAUACAAAGGACUUACGGCAGAUGUGUGGCAGAUGUUUCUCCAGGAUCAUACCACCUACAAGGAACAAGAGCUACUUCGUUUGGUCUAUUUUGGCGGUGUGGACCCUUCACUGCGUAAGGAGGUGUGGCCGUAUCUCUUGGGGCAUUACCAAUUUGAAAUGUCUGAAGGCGAAAGGAAAGAGGUGGAUGAGCAGGUGCGAUUGUGCUAUCAGCAGACCAUGCGUGAAUGGCUGGGCUGUGAGGAGAUUGUUCGACAGCGGGAGAAGGAGCAACACGCUGCUGCCUUAGCCAAGUGCUUUUCAGGGGCGAGCAUGGACAGUACCAGUCCAAAGAUGGUUCAUCACGACUCAACCGUCAGCAAUGAGUCCCGGUCCUCCCUGAGUUCUGAUAGGCAGAGUCUGGCUCGUCUGCAGAGUGACUCAAGCACCAGCACACAGGUGUUUGAGUCUGUAGAGGAGGUGGAGCAGAUCGAAACAGAAUCCAAGAGCGAAGAAGCCAAGCUUUUGCCAAAGAUGACCAAUGGGGCGCUCCAAAAUGGCCCAAGUUCUCCGGAUUCUGGGCAUCCUUCUUCCCGGAACUUCUCAGUGACCUCCGGCUUGUCAGACGGCUCACUCAGCACGGAAGACAGUGGCGCACCUGAAGCUGGCCUGAAAGCUUCAACCAAACUUCCUCAAGAUUCAGGUCUGACAGAGCAGGAAAAACCAAAUGUGACCAAGACUGAAGUGCUGGGUGUACUGGAAGAAUCCAACAAGUCAGAGGAACCCAAAGUACAGGAGACUCAGAGUGGUGAUGUUGCCUCAAAAGGAAGAGAAGUGCCUAACAAAGAUAGUACAUUCCUGCCAGGAACAUGCACAGAAUCCCAAGAUCAUACUGAACAAAGACUGAAAAACCAAGAUGUCAAGAAAACUGAAGGAGAGCCUCAGACAGAAUGGUGCAAAGUAGAAGACAAAUCCAGCCAAGGUGAGGCAUUACAAGAGGUGAGAUUCAUUAAGAAUCCCAGAUCAUCUGAAGUUGACAAAACACUUAUUUUAGCAGACACUAGGGUGUCCAGAGCCAGAGAGGCCUACUGUACAUCUCAGAAAGCGGAAGCUCAGGUCCUGACUGAAUCUGAUGAGUCCCCUUCAGCCAUAGAGAUGGAGGAGAUUCCCAAAGCCAAUGUUUCCAUGGUGCCCUUGAGCAGGAAGGACUUGGAGGACUUGGCUCCUUAUACGGAUCUCCGACCUGAGGGGCAAGAAAAGCCCAGUCCCGAAGGAACCGAGUCCAUUUUGUCUGAGGAGCCAGAGAUGGAGAGCCUCUACCCUCACUUUGAGCCACUGGAUGGAUGUGCAGACAUUGAAGAUGCUUGUUCUCUCCAAUCUGCUGGGAGUGCCUUCUCUCAAGAGCUUUUAGACUUGUACACAUUGAAUUUGCACCGCAUUGAAAAGGACGUACAGCGCUGUGACAGGAACUACUGGUACUUCACUCCUGCAAACCUGGAAAAGCUCCGCAACAUCAUGUGCAGCUAUAUCUGGAGGCACCUUGACAUCGGUUACGUUCAGGGUAUGUGCGACCUGUUGGCUCCACUUCUCGUCAUUCUGGAUGACGAGGCCAUAGCCUUUAGCUGCUUCACAGAGCUCAUGAAGAGGAUGAAUCAAAACUUUCCACAUGGCGGAGCGAUGGAUACUCACUUUGCCAACAUGCGCUCUCUGAUCCAAAUCCUGGAUUCAGAACUUUUUGAGCUGAUGCACCAAAACGGAGACUACACUCACUUCUACUUCUGUUACCGCUGGUUCCUCUUAGACUUCAAGCGAGAGUUGGUCUACGAUGACGUUUUUGCAGUCUGGGAAACCAUCUGGGCGGCUAAGUUUGCUUCCUCUAGUCACUUUGUCCUCUUUAUCGCCUUGGCUCUAGUGGAAAUCUACAGGGACAUCAUCCUGGAGAACAACAUGGACUUCACUGAAAUUAUUAAAUUCUUCAAUGAGAUGGCUGAGCAUCACAACAUCAAGCAGAUUUUGACCUUGGCAAGAGAUCUGGUGUAUAAAGUGCAGAUGCUGAUAGAGAACAAGUGA